AUGAAACUCUCUCUCCUCUCCAUCGUCGCUGCGGCCCGCACCGCCGUCGCCGCAACUACGGGCAACGCCGAAGUCGAUGUCAUUUUCCCUCGCAACGACACUUUUGCACUAACACCUCUGCUGCCCGUCGUCUUUGCCGUACAGAACCCGGCCGUGGCCCAGCAGAUCAACUUGCGCCUGCACUAUCGCGUCAUUCCCUACGGUCACUCCAACACCACCACCCCGUACGAGCGCGUGCGCCUCGACGCCCUGCCGAGCAACGACACCACUUUUUACGUCCACGACUUUGUCGCUGGCGCGUUUGAUCGCCAAGGCAUCUGGGAGUUUUUCUGGCAGCUGCGCUGGAACAACUGCACCGCCACCAAGGACGACGACAUUGCCCGCGAUACCGAGGAGCCUGUCCACAGCUUCGUCUUCACCACCCACAACGACGGCAGCAAGCCUGACCUUGUGGCGCUGAGCAGCGGCGAGCAGUGCGGGAAUACACAGGCCAUUGCAUUUGAGGUGCAGGACGUGCUGGAUGUGCCGCCGCCGCAGAACGCCGACUCGCUCACCUCGUGCGCCCACGUCGCCGCGCCGGCGCCCACGCCUACGCCUUGCAGCGCCGCUGUUCCGUCAGAAUCGGCGGAAAGUAUCUCUUCGCGCAUGACCGAAGCGGCGUGUCUUUCUGCAUCGCCCGUGAUCAGUUGCCCGACGGGAAACGCAAGCGGACGCACGUCAAUCAGUGUGGCUGCCGCGGCUUUGUCUCUCUGCUCGGCGCUUUACGCCCUCUCUCUGUAG